AACGUAUUUAGACGUAAAUCUAUCCGGACAUAAUUUAUCAUCGAUAAUGAUACCACUAAUAGUGUAACCAUUCAAUAUUGUUCGAUAGUAAAUCGUAUUUUUCUAUCAAAAAUUGCAAUUCGAAUCACCCGCUCGUACUUGGAUUGGAAUAUUUUGGAAACAGCCGUCCACUUCUCCGCAAGCAAUGCGCUGAUGUGUUCUGUUCCAGCAGGACAGCAGUUAUUGCACACCGCACACGUCAGCUAGUGAACAUUUUCAGAUUUUCAUAUUGUAAUGUCGGAUGCACACCGACGACAGACAAAAUAGUGCCGUACCAUCAGAUUUGCAUUUAGGACGUUAUCAUAUCACAUGUCAAAAUGGUACUCAUCGCUGCUGCAGUGUGCACCAAGGGUGGCAAGACCAUCAUCUCUCGUCAAUUUGUUGAAAUGACCAAGGCAAGAAUAGAGGGUCUGUUAGCUGCUUUUCCAAAACUAAUGAGUACUGGUAAACAACAUACAUUUGUUGAAACUGAAUCAGUCCGCUAUGUUUAUCAACCAUUAGAAAAACUUUACAUGUUACUAAUUACAACAAAAGCUAGUAACAUUUUGGAGGAUCUGGAAACAUUACGUCUCUUUGCUAGAGUAAUUCCAGAGUAUUGUAAAUCCAUGGAUGAAUUGGAAAUUGCUGAAAAUGCAUUCAAUUUAAUAUUUGCUUUUGAUGAAAUAAUUGCUUUAGGAUACAGAGAAAGUGUUAAUUUAGCACAAAUCAGGACAUUUGUGGAAAUGGAUUCGCAUGAAGAGAGAGUUUAUCAAGCUGUUAGAUUUACGCAAGAAAGAGAAGCUAAAAACAAAAUGAAAGAAAAGGCAAAAGAAUUGCAACGGCAGAGAUUAGAAGCUAAUAAAAAAGGAACGAGUAUUAAAAGCCCAGGCUUUGGAGGAGGUUAUGGCAGUGGAAGCAAUUUCGCACCUACUCCCACUGUUGGAGAUUCAGCGAAUUUUAUACCAGAGCCUACGAAAACAUCCUACACACCAAUGCAGAAACCAGCCUCAGUUGGUGCAGGUGCAAUGAAAUUGGGUGGAAAAUCUCGAGAUAUUGACUCUUUCGUUGAUCAGUUGAAAGAAGAGGGUGAAACAGUUACUUCUGCCAAUUCCUUAGCCAGUGCAGGAACAAGAGUUGCACCAAUUAAUGCAGAUUCUACAAAUAAUGAACCAGUCCAUUUGAAACAGGAAGAAAAACUUAAUGUUAGAAUCAGGCAAGAUGGCGGUGUGCAAAAUUUCGAAUUAGGUGGUUUAGUAACAUUAAAUAUAUCUGAUGAGAAAUGGGGCCGUAUUCGUGUGCAAAUAGAUAAUAAAGAUACAAGAGGAAUGCAAUUACAGACACACCCUAAUGUGGAUAAGGAACUUUUCAAAACAAAGGGCCAGAUUGGUUUGAAGGUUCCUUCGAAACCAUUUCCUCUGCAUACAGAUGUUGGUGUAUUAAAGUGGCGCUUUCAAACUCAAGAUGAAAGUGCACUACCGAUCUCAAUUAAUUGCUGGCCAGCUGAAAAUGGAGAAGGAGGCUGUGAGGUAAAUAUUGAGUACGAACUGGAACAGACAGAUCUGGAAUUAAACGAUGUUCAGAUAAACAUUCCACUACCUAUUGGUGCAAAGCCUGUAGUGAGUGAUUGUGAAGGUCAAUAUACUCACGAGGCCAAGAAAAAUAUAUUAGUUUGGUCAAUACCCAUUAUUGAUGCUACAACAAAAACUGGAGCAAUGGAGUUUUCAGUACCAAACUCACGACCUACAGACUUUUUCCCUGUACAUAUUUCAUUUUCAUCUAAUACGCCGUAUGCUAAAAUAAAGAUUAAUGAUGUUAUGCUUGUUGAGGAUGAUAGUCCAGUAAAACAUUCUGUAGAAACAGUCUUUUUAACAGAUAACUACGAAGUAGUUUAAUCUUUUUAUAAAAUUUCCAUUAUUACAAAAACAAAGAACUCUUUUAUAAAUAUAGACAUAUUUUUUCAAACUAUUCUUUUUAGUUAAGUUUAUCGGUAUUAUGCUGGUUACUGUCAAAUUCACAAUAUUGUGUUUGUAAAGAUAUUUUUCAUAUUAUAAUUAUUAUUAUUGUAAUUAUUAUUAUUAUUAUUAUUAUUAUGAUUAUUAUAAAUUGUCAAACAAUAAAACUAUGCAAAUAAACAUAAGAAAACUAGUUUGAAAAUUUCUACUUGUUGCUUGAAAAUAA